GCGCGUUUCACGUGCAAGACCCUGGCAUAGAUAUAGAUUGCCCCAAGUCUCUGGGCAAGGUCCCUGCCAGGAACGUCCAGUCUUUUCUGUUCCUCCAGUGCAAGUCACACACUCACACCCUCCCUCAUUGCUCUGCUACCUAACGUAGUACGACGUAGGAAUGAAAUACGGCCACACGCUGGUCCAGCGUUCCAUUCCCGAGUGGGGUCACUACAACAUCGACUACGACUACCUCAAGGACCUCAUCAAGCAGCACACCACCCCAGGCCACGGAACCGCUCUCUCCAUCCCCGGCCAGGGCUCUACCACCGAAACCGCGUUCCGAGACACCUUCUUCCAAGUCCUGAAAAGCCAGCAUGACCGCAUCAACCUGUUCGUCAAGAGCAAGAGCGGCGAGAUCGAACGACGAUUAGACUACAUUGGUCGCCAAUUGGCACAGCUGCAGGCGCGCCAGCCCUCCACAGGGCCAUUGCCCGCCAGAGCCGUCGAGAACUAUGCCAGAAUCGACGCCGAUGCACACCGCGCCGGCGAGGAGAUCCGCUCGCUGUCGCGCUUCCAGACCGCCCAGCGGACGGGCUUCUACAAGAUCCUGAAGAAGUACAAGCGGUGGGCCAAGGACCAUGAAUUGGAACGCCGCUUCAAGGCUGAUGUCAUUGGCCGCGCCGACAGCUUCUUCCAUCUGGACCUGGGCUUUCUGCUGGAAAGGUACAUCGAGGUUCUGGAUGCGCUGAGGGACGCGUUGCCGAGACCGGAUGAAAUCAGUCCGAGGAUUGAGGCGCUGCAGUUGAGCGCUGCAUCGAGGCUGUUCAAGGCUACCGAGAGGGGCGAUCCGAUUGAUUUCGAUGUCGCUGUUGGUGCUGUGCCGUUGGGAACGCAGGGAACCAGGGCGACGUACUGGAUACAUCCCGAUCACAUCGUUGAAGUCGAGAUUCUGCUGCUUCAGCACCUGCGGCCCUUUGCGAAGCCUCACGCUGCUGUUAUGUCUCCUAGACGCUCUCGACAGGCCUCACCGUUCCGUCACAGACCGGCUACGGGUGUCGAGGAUGAGGUAGGCUUUGUCGUCUUGGACGAGCCGCAUGCUUUUGCUCGGAGGCAGAAUGGGUGCCCCGUUGGCGCCAGUGAAGAGGUAGCCGGUGCUACGCCGUUUAAGGCGGCUGGUCUUGUGAAAUGGACCUCCAUGGAACCUGCCGCUGCAGUCACGCAACAAGACGCGAAGCCGAAUGCAUCGAUAAGCCCAGAGACCAUCACGGUCACCAAACUCAGAAAAAGACAGAUUGAAGCGUUGCUGACCUCUGAUGCAACUGCGCAUGACGAAAGGGCUGCGGUCCAAUCGUGGCUUCGAGCUUCAAAGGAUAUCCUGCCCAUUGCCAGCGUGGGCUCCAAACGCACCCGUUUCCUUGGGCUCAACAACAGUACCAUGAGGGGCAAGUGGGCGGUGCUGGACAAGGACAUCACAAUGGAUAGGUCCUUGCCUGCAUGCUUGUGCAGCAAUCAACCGGGUCGUGAAGAGAGAGCUGUCUCUUCACAGUUUCCCUAUGCCGUCCUGGAAGUUAGGAGUGAGGGUGCGCAGUCAACCGAGUUGAUCCAAUUGCUUGACUCCAGCCACUUGGUUGAAAGGGUCCGCGGCUUCUCUUUGGAAGCUCAUGCGGUUUGGAUCUGCUGCAGACCAGACAACAUGUCCCGCCCGGCAUGGAUAUCCUUGCUCGAGAACAAGGACAUUCGCAAGCUUCCGGAGCCCGUGAAGAGACAACGUCGCAAAGGCACCACCAGCACAACCGACUCGGGUUCCGCCCCUACCCCCUCUGGGACCUCGACGUCGGCAACUGCGGCCACGAGUCCACAUCAUUCCCAUACUACUGAGGCAUCCAUACCAGGGUUUACGGAGCCACCACCCUUACGUGCAUUCAAGAAAAAGAAGAAACAGUACUCUGAGUAUUUUGAAUCCGAUAAUACGCUUGCGCCGCAGGGGACACAGCGCUACUGGAACGAAUACGACAACCCCGAAUCAGAAGACGAAGGCUAUUACAUCUACCUUGACCCCAACGCCUCAACCAAGCUCCCUGGCCAAGAACUCUUCGAGGCCGUCCUGCGCAGAGCUCGAGCUCUCCUACGAUUCAGGAAGGAAGAAGAAAGCGUGUCACGCGUCUCAACCGCCAACACGGCCUCGAGCGUCGACGAUGAAGAUACAAGCGACGAAUCCCCCCUCGCAACCCCAGGACGUCCCGACUACGGGACUCUUCCUUUCCCCGCGCGACCCCAACGCCGCUCCUCCAGAAAAGGUUACGUUAGCUCCCUCCUUAGCGCCUUCAGCAGCCGCUGGCGCGCCGACGACGAAGAAGACGCUCAAGCACUCGGCUGGCAGGAUCCACGCGCGCGCGAAGCCCUCCUCAUCGAAAUCCACACGCGGCAUCGCGAGCGCGAAAUGGCCAUCCUGAAGCUCUACUCGAGCCUCGUCGCAGCGGCGGCCAUCAUCGACAUCAUUCUGGCCGUACUGGUGACGACGAGUCGCAGGAAGUUGAAGGGACAGGUCGACAUUGCGGUCCUGCUGGGGGUGGUGGCAAAUCUUGUGCUUGUGCUUGUUGCGGUGACGAGUUUCUGUCAGAGGAGGGAGAGGGUUGGGUGGGUGCAUGGGUUUGCUUUGGGGAGUCUGGUGGGUGGGAUGGUGAUGGUGGAUGCGGUGUUGCUAAAGUGGGCUGUUGUGCCGUGAGGGAGGGGUGAGUGCGGAGUUUGGGUGUUGCCUUCCUUUUCUUUUUCAAGUCGGAUUGCUGUUUAUUCUUCCAUUGGCGUUUGCAGCUGGAUACCAUUGCGCGCAUGAUAAUGUCAAUGUCACGGCUGAUGUAGAGCUUAGCGUUAGAUGAUCAAGAGAGCGAAGGAUGCUGGGAGGAGUAGAUGAACCAGAUGGGAUAUACGACAUGCCGACUAGAGAUAGAUACAAGACGUUGCCUACAAUCCGAUAUUGAGCCAUGUAGUCCGCACCGCACGAUAUGCUCUAUAAAUCCCUGGAAUUGAGGCGAG